UGAAGUUGAUGUCGGGACGUGCCAGUCAGUGUAGUCGGUGUGGUCUACCAUCGUGAGGCUGUAUCAUUGUUAUUUGUGUGUUAUCUUUCCAAGUAUUUAGUUGCCAUUUUAAAAUAAACGUGACUGAACUUGCACUGAGUUAAAAAAUGGAUCGAGAUCCUACUUCCACACAAAUGCAUGAACACAAAGAAAAAGUGAAGGAUCAGCCAUCCGUAUUAUUAACUGGAAAUGGAGCUCCUAUUGCUCAUAAAACAGCAAGUCUUACAGUUGGACAUCAAGGACCAUUGCUUCUUCAAGACCAUGUCUUCUUGGAUGAAAUGUCUCAUUUUAAUAGAGAAAGGAUUCCAGAAAGAGUAGUUCACGCUAAAGGAGCUGGAGCCUUUGGUUACUUUGAGGUUACUCAUGACAUUACAAAAUAUACAAAAGCAAAAAUAUUUUCAAAAAUUGGAAAAAGAACACCUAUUGCAGUACGAUUUUCUACUGUAGGAGGAGAAAACGGAUCAGCAGAUACGGUGAGGGAUCCUCGUGGAUUUGCUGUGAAAUUUUAUACGGAAGAAGGAGUCUGGGAUCUAGUUGGAAACAACACUCCAAUAUUUUUCAUAAAAGAUCCAAUACUUUUUCCUAGUUUCAUUCAUACUCAGAAACGAAACCCUGUUACUCACUUAAAAGACAUUGAUAUGUUUUGGGACUUUAUUUCACUCCGACCUGAAACAACUCACCAAGUUAUGAUCUUAUUCAGUGAUCGUGGUAUUCCGGAUGGUUACCGUUACAUGAAUGGUUAUGGCUCGCAUACCUUCAAACUUGUUAAUGAUGAUAAUCAAUUUGUUUAUUGUAAAUUCCAUUAUAAGACUGACCAAGGUAUCAAAAACCUCUUUUCUGCUAAAGCUGCAAAAAUAAGUUCACAAGAUCCAGAUUACAGUAUUAGAGAUUUAUACAAUGCGAUUGCUAAAAAAAACUUUCCUUCAUGGACAUUUUACAUUCAAGUAAUGACUGAACAACAAGCUGAGAAAUUCAAGUGGAAUCCUUUUGACGUGACUAAGAUCUGGCCUCACAAAGAGUUCCCAUUAAUCCCGGUUGGAAAAUUAGUACUGGAUAAAAAUCCAUCAAACUAUUUUGCCGAAGUUGAACAGCUGGCUUUUAACCCAGCACAUUUAGCACCAGGUAUUGAACCAAGUCCAGAUAAAAUGCUGCAAGGGCGUUUGUUUGCUUAUGGUGAUACUCAAAGAUAUCGUCUUGGAGCCAAUCAUUUUCAACUUCCCGUGAAUUGUCCCUACAAAAAUUUGUCACUGAUGAACUAUCAACGCGAUGGCUUCAUGUCUGUUAAUAAUCAAAGGGGAGCUCCUAAUUACUACCCUAAUAGUUUUAGUGGUCCUGAAGUACAUGUUACGGCAAAAUCUCCACCAUUCAAUGUUGUUGGUGUCAUAGAUCGUCACGAGCCGAUUGAUGAAGAUGAUUUUGGCCAAGUCACAAUCUUUUGGCAAAAUGUGCUCGACGCAGAUGCCAAAACAAGACUUGUUAAUAACAUAGCUAUGAGUCUUUCGGAUGCAUCAAAUUUCAUUAUUGAACGCGCUAUAGGAAACUUUUCAAAGGUUGACAUCGAACUCGGUCAAAGAUUAAUUGAUGAGUUACGAAAAGCCGGAAAAUCAAUUAAUAUCACAGCUAAGAGUGCACGCUUAUAAAAUAUUGUUAUUGCUUGUCUUUCAUUUGGCUUAAUAUUUAUUUUGAAAUUACU